UGAGAGAUAGCAGUUUGCCGCAGUAUAUGUGGUAUCCGUUGUGUGGUGGCACGUUCUUCGCAAAGGAUCCCCGACUGACCGGGUUAUAAUGACGAAAUCCGAAAAUCUCACGAGUAACAUACGUCCGAUGUAAGCGCGGCUCGACGAUUAUGGAUCAACUGAUUAUCUUGGUGUCGGCGGUACAUAUGUUGUAUUGUCCGUUCACGAAAGUCGAGGAGAGCUUCAAUUUGCAGGCUAUGCACGAUAUUCUUUACCAUGGCUUGAAUCUUACAGAGUACGAUCAUCAUGAAUUUCCUGGAGUCGUGCCACGUUCUUUUCUGGGACCUAUUAUAGUAUCCGGUGUUGCUUCACCGCUAGUGGCAACUAUUAAUUACCUAAGGUUCAACAAAUUUUUUGUUCAGUAUGUAGUGAGAGCGACUUUGGGCUUGUUAGUGAUAGGUACGUUGAAGUUAUACAGACAAGCUUUGCAAAAUAUCUUUGGCCUGCAGUUUACAAAAUGGUUUGUCGCAAUAACUGUGACACAGUAUCACCUCAUGUACUACCUCAGUCGUCCACUGCCAAAUAUAAUGGCCAUGCCCCUAGUAUUGUUGGCCUUAUAUGGAUGGUUGAGACAGAGUCAUGGGAUAUUUAUCUGGGCAUCAGCUGCAGUAAUAAUAAUAUUCAGAACUGAACUCGCUAUACUGAUGGGACUAUUUCUUUCAUAUGAUAUAGCCUAUCGGAAACUUUCAAUACCAAGAAUGCUUAAAAUUGCGGUUCCAGCUGGUAUAUUGUUCUUAGCACUUACUAUUGCUACAGAUUCAAUAUUCUGGAGACGUUUAGUAUGGCCAGAAGGCGAAGUGUUUUACUUCAACGCUAUACUUAAUAAGAGCAGCGACUGGGGUACGUCACCAUUUUUGUGGUAUUUCUACUCUGCGCUACCAAGGGGCCUAGCACUCUCCUACUUUUUGAUCCCCUUGGGAAUGAUCUGGGAUGCUAGAGUACGUUUACUCACUGUCCCAGCUAUCACAUUCGUGAUACUGUUCUCAUUCUUACCACAUAAAGAAUUGAGAUUUAUCAUAUAUGUGUUCCCAUUACUAAAUGUUGGCGCCGCUGCCGCCUGCCACAGAAUAUGGGAAAACAGAGCAAAAACAACAUGGAAUGGUUUUUUAGCGCUGAUAAUCCUGGGUCAUCUUGCAUUAAACGCUCUAUUCUCAAUGUUUCUACUUUGUGUGGCCGGCUCGAAUUACCCAGGAGGUGCAGCAGUCGCUAAAUUGCACAGGCUCGAAAGAAAUUCGUUCGAACCGGUGCACGUACAUAUCGAUGUGCUGACUGCACAAACAGGAGUCUCGAGAUUUACGCAAACCAACGUUUCUUGGACUUACUCGAAACAAGAAAACUUGACCGUCGACGACCCUGAAAUGUUGCGGUUCACUCAUCUCUUGAUGGAAGCAAAGAGCAAAUAUUCUCCAAAUAUAAAGCCCUACCUCAAGACUCACGACAUCGUUGACUCCGUCGAUGGGUUCUCGCAUAUAGCGUUAAAUUACCACAUGUUGCCGCCUAUUAGAAUUAAGACAAAACCCACUAUAUUUAUUAUGAAGAGAAAAACAAAUAUCAAAUAUGAUCCUGACAAAGCAAAGUCGAAAGAAUUUAUAGAAGAUUUCCUGCAGCAAAUAGACGACGCGGAAGAAGGAAUAGAAUCAAAUAUAUCACGCGAAACAACAACAGAAACGGAGCCAAUAUUUGACGACAUUGUCGAGUCUUUGGAAGAAAUUGAUGAAGAAAAUGUUUCUAAUAUUGAGCUUGAGCAUAUUGCGGAAACAAAUGAUAAUACUGAGGAAGAAGCGAGUAGGCAGAAUAAUUUUGCAGACGAUAGUAUGGCAUCUGCGGAAAUUGUUCAAACUAUAAGUACAAAUGAGUUAUUGCCAAAUUUAAAAGAUAAGACGAGAGAAAAAAACUUGGAUUUAGACGAAGAUUUCGAAAAUAUAUCUGACACUGACGAUGUCACAUCUGAUGAAAAAGUAAAGCAGAAAACCGAAGAUUUUGAAAAUAUAUCUGACACUGACGAUGUCAGAUCUGAUGAAGAAGAUCGGAUAAAACAGAAAAUCGGAGAAGUCAAAGUUAUUAAGGGAAAAUUUAGGAGCAAUCUGAAUCCACGCCAAGAAGGCCACGGCAUUAAGGAAACGGUCAAAAAGAUCAUUCAAGAAAGAAUGCAAGUCAAGCAAAAAAGAGAAAUGAAGGAUGAACAAAAGAAUACGGAACUUCCGGUAAAAUCGAUGAAGAAGAAAGAAGUUACAGCAACAGAACUGCCAAGAAAGAUAAAAAUGUUAAAACAAGAAGUGAGAGACACAUUGGUCUUGACUGGAAAACCAACAAUAGUGAAAGAGAAAGGAAAGAUUGCGAAACGAGUUGUGAAAGAUGAAGAUGCUGUCGUUAAACAGAAAUUUAUUAAAGCGAAAAAUAUCACACAGAAGGUAGACAAAAUCCAAGCGAUGAAGCUUGAUUUGGAACAAAUCACAAAGGAGGAAGAUGUGACCAUAGAACAAGAGAGUGAAAUGACGGAUAUGUCGAUGGAAAACAUCGCAAAGACACAGGAUAAAGUUGACACAAAGUCGCCUAUAAUUUCAGAAGAAACUAUAGAAGAAGACGAUAAAAAAGAUCUCAAACCGUCGAAACCGAUAAACGUGAGAGAGAGCAUACGAAACAUAAUAAACCAAUUUAAAGAAUUUGAGAAAGAUUUUCUAUACGAUGACAUAGAUCUGACGACAGAAACAUCAGCGUUCGACGCAAGUGAGACAAGUUAUAUUGAAAAUGACGUGACAAAAGAAAGUAGUGAUGCUGUUGAUCAUUCUACAGAAAGCAAGGAUCAACUAGCGGUAAAAGAUCCUAGAGAAAGCCUCAAAGAAAUAAUAGAUCAGUUCAAAUACAUUAAACACGAAUUAACUUCUGAGGAGGAUGACCAGUUCGACGAUAUCGCGGCUAAGUAUAUGGAACGACCGAUCGCUGAAACGUUACUACAAUUCAACGAAGCUUUAAAGAGCUUGAUGCAGCGAAGAAGAAAGACACCAUUGUCUGAACAGACAACCAACACCAAAGACGAUUACAUCUCAGGAGACCCGUUGCAAACGAAACAUGCAAAAAGGGCAAAGGUUGCCAAAAACGAUCACAAUAAUGAAAGAGCGAAAGUUUUAAGAAUCAAGUCGAACGGUAAACCAGAAAGUGUCACAGUAAAUACCCUAAAGCACGAUUUCAACGUAAUCCCUGAUGCGAAUAAAGACACCAGUACAGCAACAAGUACCGAAGAAGAUUUAAUAAACCCUCAACGAUACAAUGAUGAAAUUUUAAAUAACGUAAGUAAAAUGGACAUCGCGAAGCAAGAAAGUUCACAGAAAAAUACGAAAUAUGGUCGGGGCGAGUAAAUAUUAUUUCUAGUCUGAAACAAUUGUGCAAUCGUGACAUGUAAAUAGGUUUUUCUGUGAUAUCGAAAACGCUGUAUUUUUUAAUAUAUGCUCGCGCAUUACCAACACGGAAAGCGUAAAAUUUAUUUGACCUGUAUGUCUACAUGAGAUAUCUACAAUCGUUUCGAGUGCAGCAAUAAAUAUAGACAUGCUUCUAUACACAUGAACGAGUUCCACAGCAGUAUGUAGCUCCAUAUUGUCUUUCCAAAUCGAUUUUUGCAUUUAGAUAUCGCUUGGAAAACUUUUUAUUAUCUAUUGCCUGAUUAUGCUAUACGUUUUAUCAUGCUUGCCAAUUGUCUAGUUAUAAAUUGCUACUUUCUACAAGAAUUUUUCUACAAGAAUUACCACCAUACAACAUUUAACGGACAAUCAAUUGAUUUCCAUAUUGGUAUCUGCAGAGCAAUCAAGUGCCUUACAAAAUCUCUUCCAAAGCUCAAGAAGUUGGUAAAUGUAAAUAUACACGUAUGCAUAAAUAUGCAUAGCUGUGUGUAUGUACAAUUAUACUAUGUAUUGAUAUUUUGCAUAUAAAAUGAAGUUGUUUGAUAUAA